AUGAAGUUCCUCGCUAUCGGUGCGCUCCUGCUCAGCACAGUCGGUGCUCUUGCCACAGAGCAAAUUAUCAAAGGCGCCCAGAUCAUCCCGGCCAAUGAUAAGGCAGCAUUGAAGAAGAUCGGUGCUUAUGGACAUCACAAGCACCACGACCGUCGGACAGUGACAAUCCGGUCAUCGAAGAGCGACACCGAUGAUGUGUCGGAUGAUUUCCUUUGGGGUAUUAAGGCUGCCAAUCACGGCGGCAGACUUCUCCUGCAAAAGGGGAAGACCUAUGUCAUUGGCAAGAAACUUGACCUUAGCUUCUUGGAUAAUAUCGAGGUGCAGCUUGAGGGUGAAGUGAAGUUCACCGACGAUAUCGAUUACUGGCAAGCAAACCACUUCUACUACUCUUUCCAGAAAUCUAUCACUUUCUGGGUUUGGGGUGGUCAGGAUAUCAAGAUCUUCGGCAAGGGUACUCUUAAUGGUAAUGGCCAGGAGUGGUACAAUGCCUUUGCUGGCAUGGAAGUUCUGGACCCGGACAACACCUUUUACCGUCCCAUUCUAUUCAUGACUGACAACGCUACCCGAGUGUCUGUCGAAGGAAUCACCCAACUCAACUCGCCCUGUUGGACCAACUUCUUCGUCCGCACCAAGGAUGUCUCUUUCGAUGAUGUCUUUAUCAACGCCUAUUCCACCAACGCAUCUGCUUUGCCCAAGAACACCGAUGGAUUCGACUCCUUCAACGUGGACGGUCUUAGCGUGACCAACACCCGCGUCGAUAUCGGCGAUGACUGCUUCUCGCCCAAGCCCAACACAACCAACAUUUUCGUGCAGAACCUGUGGUGCAACAAUACCCACGGUGUCAGCAUGGGAAGUAUUGGACAGUACUCGGGAGUCGAGGACAUCAUUGAGAAUGCCUGGAUUGAGAACGUGACUUUGUUGAACGGCCAGAACGGUGUCCGUCUCAAGGCUUGGGCUGGACAGGACAUCGGCUUUGGUCGUAUCAACAACAUCACGUACAAGGACGUUCACAUCGAGAACACCGAUGCCCCUAUCGUGUUGGAUCAGUGCUACUUUAACGUCAACGCUACUACGUGUGCUAAGUACCCGUCAUCAGUCAACUUCACCAACAUUAACUUUGAGAAUAUUUAUGGUACUUCGUCGGGCAAGAACGGUAAGGUUAUCGGCGACUUGACUUGCUCGCCUAAUGCUGUGUGCUCGGGUAUCAAGCUUUCUGAUAUCGAUAUUACCAGCCCGGCUGGUGGUCCCCCAGUUGUGACCUGCGAUGGCAUUGAUGGAGAUGUUGGUGUAGAGUGCCAGUCGAGUUCGGCUUAG